AUGUCGGCUACCACCACAACUCUCAUGACCACCACUCUUGUUGGAACGUCCUCAGCGAUGACCAAGGACCCUUUCUUGGAGAAUUCAUGUCCAACAUGCGGGAGUAACGGCGGCCUGGACGCCUCCGAAGCCCAGCGCCGGAUUCUGGAGCUGGAGGGGCAGAUCCAGGAGAUGACCGCGCACUCCGCGAUCGCAGCUGGAAAACUCGCCGACUACGAAGAAGAACUGCGCAAACUGCGCUCGCAACCAACAUACGAUACACCGCGAAGCAGCUCCUCCGUACCCCCAUCAUCAUCACACGGCGACAAGUCACUAUCACCCUCCCAGACUCCUGCCUCCCUAGACAACCAGUCGCAACAACCGCAACAACCGCAACCAGUCCAACAAAGUCGUCUGACAACAUUAACAAACCUCCUCCCUUAUCGGCGCGGUAGUUCGACCCCAACCAGCGCCUCAGCUCCCGUCCCAUCAACACCCACCGCACCGAUCACUCCACUCCCGCAAACAGCGUCCCCGGCUAGCAGUGACAACGCAGAGCUACAGGACGCACUGGAGCGCGAACAGGGUCUGCGAAAAGCAGCCGAAAAGCAGCUUACGCAAGCGAAUACCGAGUUAGAAGACUUGACGGUACAACUAUUCAGCCAGGCGAACGAGAUGGUCGCGCAGGAGCGCAAGGCACGCGCGAAACUGGAAGAACGAGUUGCCGUGCUGGAACGUCGAGAUAUCGAAAAGAGGAGCCGUUUGGAGAGGUUGGAGAAGGCCAUGGCGCGUGUGGAGAGAGUGAAAGCUUUGGUUCGACCUAGCAGUUCGUGA